AUGAAUCGGCGGAAUGUCCGACUACCACCCGAAGUCAACAGAGCCAUCUACGUGCGCAACCUACCGUUUAACAUCACAUCGGAGGAGAUGUACGACAUCUUUGGGAAAUACGGCGCCAUCAGGCAAAUACGCAUCGGAGUGACGAAAGAAACGCGAGGAACAGCGUUUGUGGUGUACGAGGACAUAUACGACGCUAAGAACGCUGUGGAGCAUCUGUCGGGGUUCAACGUGGCCAAUCGGUACCUCAUAGUGCUCUACUACCAGCAGGCCAAGUUCACCAAGAAGAUCGACCAGAAGAAGAACGAGGAGGAGCUGGAUAAGAUGCAGAAGAAGUAUGGCGUGUCAGGGGAGCAGAAAUAG